CGUCAGUGCCCGGCACUGGUGCCGCUUGCACACUCUCUGAUGUCGCCACACUGGGACCAGGCGAGAGCGCGGCUCGGCACGGCUCGGCAAGGAAAACUAAUUCCACUGCGCCCUCUUCCCCGAGCCGACUCAGUGCCGGGUAGAGCCCCCACCCCAAGGGCUGCCGGUAGCGAACUGAGCCAGCAUCCUUCCCGCUGGUCGCAGAAACAAGUUCACUUCAAACUCCUGGAUCGCACGCGACUCGGUCCUUCAUCGCACUGAGGGCAAUGAAAAACAAGCGUCACCUUGAAGAGAACCCACAGUGGUGGUCCCAUGGGGAAACUAUCCGCAUACACCCAGGGUUUAGGAAACCAAUUUUUAGCCGAUAUGCUGAAACUACAGUCAGCAGUUCCUCUUUUAAUGUGGAAACAAACGCCCUCUGCAACUUUUGAAGAGAACACGCCUCGGCUUGACCACACCAUAUUCUUCGCUGCAGCCACAUGGUAGCAGUGCCCUCGAUCAUCUGCUCUCUCAACUCUGUCCUCAGCUCGAGUCAAAGACCUGCGAGAGCCAAAAUGAUCUUCAAGUUGUGUGUUCUGUGCUGUCUGUGGCUGGCCGCUGUGAAUGGGCAAGACCAUGGUAACAACAAGAGUGAGGAAAAAAUUACAGUACGCAGCACAACCAGCCAGCUCAGCAACACAUCGCCAACAAUCAAAGGUGAUUUCGAGCGUUUGUUUGCAAAGGCGAACCUGAUUCCCCUGCUGGUGUUCGGGUUAUCGGUCACUCUGGUCACCCUGCUGGUGUUCGUCUGCGUGCUGAGCGCGUGCAGGUGCCUCGCAGCUCGCAGGCGCAGGGGCAGCGGCGUAUUCGAGGUGCAGAUGGUGGACAUCAGAGAAGCGGGAAACCUUAUGGCAGAGACGGGCAGCGCCCACGACAUCGAGAAGGAAAAUCCUCCACCCUGCGGUGCCAACGGAAUAACGAUCCUCCCCGCGACGGGGCGCGCGGCCGAGGGGGCGGGCGAGCCGGAGCCGGGGGGCGGCGGCGGCGGGAUCUACGAGCUGGUGGACGAGGUGCAGGAGCACGCCGGCGGCGCGCCGGGAGCCGCGACGACCCCCGCUGCCGCGGACGACGGGCUGACCAUGGUGGACAAUGAGCUGUAUCGGAGCGUGGGGGAGGCGCAUCAAAGGGGCGCCGUUGUGGAGGCGGCGGGCGCCGGUGCGAAGGAGCCGGUGCCCGCGUGUGCAACUGUUGCUUCCGCUUGACCCCGGGUGACCUCGUAUCAUGACCGUCGCGAAUCGCCGUCAACGGCGCUCCUGUUCACCGUCGGCGCCUUCAUUGCACCUGCUCCUCUGUGACCAACCCAGGGGGGCGAUGUGCCGAGCCAACAUCUCUCAUUCAACAACAGGUGGCUCACGUCCCGACUGUUGCGGGAGUCACGAGUAUAAGGGUUAGGGUUGCACUGAAUAUUUGAUUGGCUCUGCGACUGUGGAAUGCACGAAACAAAGGUGAGGAAGGUCGUGAUGCUGUGGUUUCUUUCACCCAGCCAGUGACCCAGACCACAAGCUGCGAGUGUCACUGCUGCUGUGUCUUAGUUGAUUGUUCCAGCACUCACCAAACCCGGCUCCCAGCGACAUCAACAUCUUUCCAUCGUGAAAUAAUCACUUGCAGAGAGAGAAGGUAUCUUGCUUUUAUUUCAAGUAUUUUUUGGGUCUAUUUACAGGUUAUUAUACCCAGUUCCCAGUAAGUACAUUUAUAAAUGCGCAACUCUUAGACCCUAUGUCAUCACGAAUGCACUUUCAGCAAUAUAUUUUCACGCAACGUAUGACAAACCCUAAAAGUGGCCAGUUUAUAUGUAGUGAGUCCAACUAAGUCACGGACGUUUUUUAGAGGCAACCCAUUUAUUGUAACACAAAGGGGUAACUGCCCCUUCACCAGAUACAGCCCAGGGUGGUGACCACCCAGCUAACUACACUAUACGUAGGAGUUACAGCUACGAAGGGUCGGGCCCUCACUCGGUUCCCCGACCACGUGUUGAUGCCUCGCAGGACGUGGAGCUUCCAGCUUGUAGACGUGGAUCUUUCAGCUUGUAGACGUAAAGCUUCCAGCUUGUGGAUGUGGAGCUUCCAGCUUGUAGACAUGGAGCUUGCAGCUUGUAGACAUAGGGCUUCCAGCCUGUAGGUGUGAAGCUUCCAGCUUGUAGACGUGGAGCUUGCAGCUUGUAGACGUGGAGCUUCCAGCUUGUAGAUGUGGAGCUUCCAGCUUGUAGACGUGGAGCUUGCAGCUUGUAGACGUGGAGCUUCCAGCUUGUAGACGUGGAGCUUCCAGCUUGUAGACGUGGAGCUUCCAGCUUGUAGACGUGGAGCUUCCAGCUUGUAGACAUGGAGCUUCCAGCUUGUAGACGUGGAGCUUCCAGCUUGUAGACGUGGAGCUUGCAGCUUGUAGACGUGGAGCUUGCAGCUUGUAGACGUGGAGCUUCCAGCUUGUAGACGUAGGGCUUCCAGCUCGUAGACGUGGAGCUUCCAGCUUGUAGACGUGGAGCUUCCAGCUUGUAGACGUAGAGCUUCCAGCUGUCGAACGAAGAACCCCGGUCCCUCUCAGGGACCCACCUUAUAUCCCCCCUGGGUUGGGGUCGCUCCGCCCUUGGCCCCGCCCGCCUUCUCGAGCGUUCUAGCUCCCCCUCGAUCUCUCUCGGGCGCUCUCCCUGGACACGUGAUCACCCCCUAGCCCCCCACCUGGGGACCUCUCUAUGGACACUCCAGAUCACGUGUCCACGGGGUCAAUCAGAGUGCCAUGGCCCUGGGCUGACACUCUCCCGCUCCCCCUUGUGGGAGCCCGCACUACACGCCAUGCGUGGUGGCCGCGCUAUUCCAGCGCUCACCAAGCCCCGCUAGCGCUGGUACCACACCUGCCUACGGGGUGUACGCGAUGACUGUGCAUCGCACGCCACGGGGCCAGCACCAUACAGUGACAUCCCCGAUGUCACUACAUAUACACAAUAUGGGGCACACUUUCCCACGCUCUGCUUUGAGAUUGGUGUCGCUUCGUAGUCAAGCACAUAUUUUAAUUAUCAGGGCUAAAAUUCAACAACAUUGAGUGGGGAAAAAAGUUUAGCACGAUGCGUUUUGUGCAUGAAGUCACUGGCGACCAAGCGAGACCGUCAACGCGGUGCUCUUUAAACUUCAGUGUCAUCGCAGGUGGCUGAACCCCAGAUUCAAAUGCUCUUCAGCUGUCCUACUGGCUUAGUACUCUGUCCUCUAGUCACCUUCUUUGCUGCCAAUGACUACAUUGUGGAGCAAGACGUUCAUUAUUCACGGACAGCUACGAAUCAUACGCAUUUUAUGUAAAUACAUUUUAUUAUUAUUUUCGAUUGCUACUAUACCAGGAUGCCUGCUUGUCUGAGCAAUAUCACGGAAUCUUUCAUGACCACUUUAACACACCUGUAUUUAGAAUUGGGACCACAAGUUAAUCGUAAAUAACUCUGUUAGGUUAUUCAAAUGCUUAAAUGUGGAACUUUUGUCCCCAUGGUUACACUUGCUAUGGCAUUGUUCAGUUUGAAAAACAAUUGCCAGGAAUUGAGAAAAUAAGCUGCCUUAUAAAUAUGAACUGAGGGUGACAUGAAAAGUAUUUCGCCUCGUUGUGGAGAAGAAAGUCAAGAUAAAUACGCAGUCUAUUCUUCCUUCACAGGUCAUUAAAACAUUUUUUCGCACAUUCCAUUGGCCACAUGGCCUGGGAGUUUGGAUAUUUGUGAAAAAGAGCUUCAUAGCUCAUCGGAUUUCUCCAGGAUAAAUAAGAUUCCGAUUCCGUUUUUUUUUAUUGUUGCAGCAUUGGUGGAAGACAAACUCUGAACCAAACCUGGCUCUGCCGAUGAGAAACUGAAUGUCAAAACCGGUCCAGAGUUUUCCUGCAUUGAAACCAAUCCUGCUGAAAAGAUACAGAGGUGUCGGGGUGGCCGUCAAAGGUUUCUUGAGAUGAGAUGGCUCCCUUUCAGAAUGGCUUCCAUUUAUAGCCAGCCUAUCAGAGUGCGUUUGUAACAGCAGUUAAGUUUGUAUGCUUUUUUUUUUAAUAUAAUUGUUACUGACAAUGUGAUGAUCGAGGCGAAUGUGCCGUGAACAAUAUGAAUUGUAUGCUUCAAAGAGAUCAUGCACGCGGGACCUCAGCUUUUGUAAACACCUGAUGCUGCUGGAUGUAAUAUCCAGCAACACUUUGUAUGCAAUUGUCAAUAUUCUGUUUGCUUUCAAAUAUUCCUCUGUUUUGCUGAUAAACCAAUCCACUGCCACAUUUGCCCCGACGUGGCAACUCGAUUCGAUCGACUCUCGGGUGGCAGAGGGCAUGGAUGGAAAUAGCAUUCAUUAUACUUACACAAUCUAACCCUAUAGGAACUGGUAAUGAUUCAUGCUUCAUAUGAUAAUUCCACAUAUGCAAUCUCACUUUGCAGUAUUGUGUGCAUUGAAAACUGCUCUAAAAGCAGUAUUUAAUAAAAACAUUAUUUUCUAUAUGAGUAUUUAUUUGAUUUUGUCAUAUAUAUACCGUAUGGAAAUGGCUUAAAUGCAGAAGGAAACUAAUUAUUAAUAUUCUAUAAUAAAACCUUAUUAACCCGUUUGUUCCCAUUUCCGUGACAGUUUUAAGGAAGGGCAGAGUAUCUGUGAUGCACAGCUGCGGCUGUUUCCAAUGACGAAGAGGAACCCAGGGAGUGUUAAUUCGGCCCUGCCAUCUCUAUUUGUGGCAAGGCCAUAGCCAUGGAGUCAACAUUGGGGGGGAACCAAAUCUUCGAGGGUGU